AUUUAUCGUCGUUGCCUUGUAAAUAUUGACAAUUGUAGGUGGCGUACAUAAAAUAGCUUUUAAUGUACUAACGAACACCUGUUCAACAAACUAAUUAUCCCAAGAGAAAGACGGCGUGGGUAUGAUCUGCCUGGCCAGUGAAAGGCUGUGGCGGCCCCCCCCCAGUAGCUGUCACCACGGCGGGGGACAUCAGGACCUCCAUCUGCAGGGUGGUCAUCUACCUUCAGAGGGACAUGUCCGGGGACAGCUGCCAGCUCCCGCUGCACCGGCUAUGCCUCCAAACCCAGCCUCCCAGAUGGCGUGUCCCAAGUCCAAGACGUGCAGCUACAGAGCGGCGGUGGGCCUGGGUAACAAGUAUGUGCGUCUAAACGUAGGGGGGACCCUGUUCUACACCACGCUGCAGGUGCUCACCAGGCAGGACUCCAUSCUGAAGGCCAUGUUCAGUGGCAGGAAGGAGGURUUCAUUGACAYAGAAGGCUGGAUCCUGAUAGAUCGCAGUGGGAAGCACUUUGGCUCCAUCCUGACGUACCUGCGGGAGGAAGCGGUCACCUUMCCCCCUGGCAGGCAGGGGGCUCUAGAGCUGCUGGCAGAGGCCAAGUAUUAUCUCAUCCAGGGUCUGGUGGAGCUGUGCCAGGGAGGCCUGCAGGACCAGAAGGAGCAGUCUCUGUGUGUAAUCCCUGUUGUCACCUCUGCCAAGGAGGAAGAGAGACUGAUCCAGGCCUGCCCUAAGCCUGUAGUGAAGCUGCUGUACAACAGAAGCAACAACAAGUACUCCUAUACUAGUAACUCAGACGACAACCUGUUGAGGAACAUUGAGCUGUUUGACAAGCUGUCUCUGAGCUACAAUGGCCGUGUUCUAUUCAUCAAGGACGUGAUCGGUGACGAGAUUUGCUGCUGGUCGUUCUACGGACAGGGACGCAAACUGGCAGAGGUCUGCUGCGCCUCCAUAGUCUACGCCACGGAGAAAAAACAGACCAAGUUGGAGUUUCCAGAGGCCAGGAUCUAUGAGGAGACCCUGAACGCUUUGCUUUACGAGACACUUCCUGUCCCUGACGACUCCCUAUUGGAGGCCACACGCCGUCGACACGCCCACAGUCACACCCACUGUGGUUUCCACAGCGAGGAGGAGGAAGGCCACACCCACUCUGGGGUGGACCUUAGGCGCCGCAUCCACGUCAAGAGGUACAGCACCUACGACGACCGGCCGCUGGGACACUAAGGACGCAUCUCAAAUUGCACCGUUUCCUAUAUGGUGUACUACUUUUGACCCGGGCUCUAUAUAGGAAAUAAAGGUAUGUAGGGUUUAUAUAGGAAAUAAGGGUAUGUAGGGUUUAUAUAGGAAAUAGGGGCCCAUAGAGCUCUGGUCAAAUGUAGAGAAUAAUGUGCCGUUUUUGACGAAGCCUAUCUAACCACAGAGGAGGAAACUGGUUCCCUGCUGACCGGCCCGCUGGGACACUAAGUAUACGUCUCAAGUGACGCCCUAUGUAGUGCACUACCAUUCGAACCCUCAUCUCCCUGUCAGUCACCUCUCAGUGAGAGCCUCAAAAUGUGUUUAAUGAUUCAUCAAACCUAUCUGCACUAAUUACUGUUACUCUGCAGCCRUUGGUGAGAGUGAGUGAGGGCUCCCAAAAGGCACCCUAUUCCCCAUCCUAUACCCAUAAGGCUCUGUUCAAAAGUAGUGUAUAAUGUAGGGGAACGGGUGCCAUCUAACCACUCCCUACUGACCAGCCGCUGGGACACCUAAGGCAUCCGCAUGCUUCUCAUCCAAAACUGUUCAGAAACAGUUUGUGUAUAAUAUUAUAAUGACAUUUUGUGAAGUUUUUUGUUGUUGUUUGUUUUGGACUUUGUCAAGUUUUUUUUUGUUCAGCUGUUCGUGCACGCACACACACACACACACACACACACACACAAACAAACCAAUUCUCAAGGCAAGCCGAAAUCUGUAGCUGAAGUCUACACCCCUUUUGUCGGUGAUUGGUCAACAGUAGGGAUUCUUCAAUGAGGUGUUUUUAUUGUCGUUCAACAAGAGACGACUAGUUUUCAUGCCCAUUUCUUCACUUGAGAAAUACUGCACCAAACAUCUUAGUUAGAUGUAAAAUUGCACGACUAAGAUCUCUGCAAAACGU